AUGGAUGUCGCCGAAUGUCCUGUGUGCUAUCAGGAAUUCGAUCGACCCCUUCAACUUUCUUGUGGGCACACUGUAUGCGCAAGCUGUGUCGAUCGAAUGGUAAACUCCGAGCAGCAAGCCGAUGUGGGAAGACGUGCUCGUGGAAUCGCCGACGAACUAAAUGCUGCCGCCGCUGAUGUUGCUGCUGGGGUACGUGCUCGUGCUGGCGCACUUGCUCAGCAAAAUCAGGAACCCGAGGCGCCGCGUAUUUUUGAACUUCGUAACCUUCCCAGAGAUUUGGAUCAACACGACGCCAAUGGGAACGGAGGGCUCGGAGGAGUAGGUGGUGGAUUUUUCUUGCAGCAGCAGCCCCAAGUCAUGCACCAGCCCCAAGUCAUGCACCAGCAAUUUCGACCCAUGCAGAUGGGGCAGCAGCCCCAAGCCAUGCACCAGCAAUUUCGACCUGAUAUGUGGCUGGCAAAUCAAAUGCCGCCCCAUCCGCAUGAUCAUCAGCGACCAUUUCUGCAUGGAUUUGAACACAACCUGGGUUAUCCACAUCGACCAGUUCGAGCUACUCUUCGACAACGUGUCACAAGGAUUCGCUGCCCCGAAUGCAGAUCGAUGACUGAAGUUCCGGUCAAUGGAUUACCUGUGAACUAUCGUUUAAAAGAGAUUAUUGAGCGCAUGAAAAGGGAAAAGGAUCUGGAGGUAUCGUUGUCUCAGUCAGUCUUCAGCAUGGCUUGCUCCGAAUGUGACAAAGAAGUCGAGAAAGGAGUUUAUUUUGUCUGUGGCGCUUGUCCUGGCAAGGCUCGAAUUUGCUCACUCUGCAUUGUUCGUCUGCAUAUCAAGCACGGCGAGGAAAUAAUUGAGCGCAAGGCUUUAACCGAACAGGAUUUAUUGGAUCGUCUUGAAAAAGUGAAUCAAGUUGCUGCUGUUGCGGCUCAAACGACUAUCAACAUUGGAAACAUUGUCGAUCGUUUGAACGAUUGUGGAGCAGAGAUGAAACAAGGAUUGGAGCAAGCACAGCGAACUUUUGGAGAGGUCAGCUCGAGUCUACGUCAAAUCAAUAGGAAUAGCACUUCGGAAGAAGCAGAUGCGUAUGUAAGGGUUGCAACAGAGAUCUCAGAAAGCUUCAAACGGCUGGAAAAAAACGUAAGCGAAAUAAGAAAGGAUUUGUCGAUCAGCUUGGAGAAUUCGAGCAAGGAUUUUAACGAUCGGAUCAGAAUGGCACUUCACCUCAGUCCGUUAGAAAUCGUUAAACGUGAAAUCAAAGGAGAGCCAAUCGAUAAUGACGAGGAGAUUAUCGUUCUUGAAAACGCACGUGAUCGCUCUUAUAGACAGUCACCAGAAGAGGUUCAAUCUCCACUAGGAGAUCUGUUUCGCCGCUCACCUACCCCUUAUCCGGAAGUUGGAGAUGAAAACGCUGGCGAGGCACAUGGAGUCAUUGAACGUCCUCCAGUAGCAGAGACUUCUCAAGCAUUUACGAUUCCCAGAAAUCCACAAAGAAAUAGACCGUUUGGUGAGCAAGAAGUUGGAGAACAACAACUAGCACCGGAAGACGCAUUGGAUUUAAUUACAAAUCAAGCUCGACACAUUAGAGUAGCUCGCACACCUUCCCCUGAUGAACAAUCAGCUGAUGCACCACCACCGCGACGUCGUCGACGUCAUGAAGAAAGGGAUUUGGUUAUUGACGUUAGUCGAACGGCAGUAGCAGCAGGUCGUCCUUUGCUGCAACAUCAUUAUCACGCACAAACAAUGCUCGACCGUUCAAACCGCCGACGACGACGUGUGACGACAGCUAUGAAUGAUGAAGCAGUUCCGGAUCAACCAGGACCCUCAAAUCGU